AUUUAUAGCAGCACUGCCGGGAGUGCAGCGUCUCUCCGCAGGCCCCGGCCGCGGCGUCCCGGUUCCUUACACGGAAGGCAAAAUGGAGCGGCCGGCUCCCCUGGCCGUGCUGCCCUUCUCGGACCCCGCACACGCUCUGAGCCUGCUGCGUGGCCUAAGCCAGCUCCGUGCCGAGCGCAAGUUCCUGGACGUGACUCUGGAGGCGGCGGGCGGGCGCGACUUCCCCGCGCACCGCGCUGUGUUGGCGGCUGCCAGCCCUUACUUCCGCGCCAUGUUCGCAGGGCAGCUGCGCGAGAGCCGCGCGGAGCGGGUGCGCCUGCACGGCGUGCCGCCCGACAUGCUGCAGCUGCUGCUCCGCCGCGCCAUGCACUGGCCGCAGCUGUUGGAGGCGGUGCGCCUGCCCUUUGUGCGCCGCUUCUACCUGCUGGCGCACGUCGAGGCCGAGCCGCUGGUGGCGCGCUGCCCACCCUGUCUGCGCCUGCUGCGUGAGGCGCGGGACUUCCAGGCGGCGCGCUAUGACCGCCACGACCGCGGGCCCUGCCCCCGCAUGCGUCCGCGCCCUUCUACCGGCCUCGCUGAGAUCCUCGUGCUCGUGGGCGGCUGCGACCAGGACUGCGACGAGCUGGUCACCGUUGACUGCUACAACCCACAGACUGGCCAGUGGCGAUACCUGGCUGAGUUCCCGGAUCACCUGGGCGGGGGCUACAGCAUCGUGGCGCUGGGCAACGACAUCUAUGUGACCGGUGGGUCCGAUGGCUCCCGGCUAUAUGACUGCGUGUGGAGGUACAACUCGAGCGUGAAUGAGUGGACAGAAGUGGCGCCCAUGCUGAAAGCCCGCGAGUACCACAGCUCCUCUGUGCUGGACGGGCUGCUGUACGUGGUGGCUGCCGACAGCACGGAGCGCUACGACCAUACCACAGACUCCUGGGAGGCCCUGCAGCCCAUGACCUACCCCAUGGACAAUUGCUCCACCACUGCCUGCCGCGGCCGGCUCUACGCCAUUGGCUCCCUGGCCGGCAAAGAGACCAUGGUGAUGCAGUGCUACCACCCAGAGACUGACCUGUGGUCACUGGUGGACUGCGGCCAGCUCCCACCCUGGUCCUUUGCCCCCAAGACUGUGACUCUGAACGGACUCAUGUACUUUGUCAGGGAUGACUCUGCCGAGGUGGACGUGUAUAACCCAGCGAAGAAUGAAUGGGACAAGAUCCCAUCUAUGAACCAGGUACACGUAGGGGGCAGCCUCGCCGUCCUGGGAGGGAAGCUGUAUGUCUCUGGGGGCUACGACAACACAUUUGAACUCUCAGAUGUGGUAGAAGCGUAUGAUCCAGAGACUCGGGCAUGGAGUGUGGUGGGACGACUCCCAGAGCCCACCUUCUGGCAUGGCAGCGUCAGCAUCUUCCGCCAGUUCAUGCCCCAGACACCCUUGGGAGGGCGUGGCUUCGAACUGGACAGUGGCAGCAAUGAUGUGGACGCAGGCCAACACCGGCCACCGCAGAACCGUGACGAGCUGCACUAGCCCUGGCCUGGCCCCAGGAGGGCCUCGGUGCAGGUACCUUGGCACCCCAUGGGGCAGCGGCCCCUCCUUCACCAGAAGGAAGGGUGGGUCUCACUGGGUGGCUGAGUGAGCUCCCGGAUCCAUCACCCGGAAUGUUUCCAUGCAUUUAGUGUGAGUCCAGCUGCUGGAGUCAAAGCUGGUUGUGAACAUGCCUCUGCGGGUCGAAGAAGAGCCACUGCCUUGCCGGCACAUGUGUCUGGCUGCCCGAGAUCACUCCCAGCCUGCAGAUCCCCGGCUCACACGUGCAGCACACACCCUUCCUGCUGUUGCCACACGCAACGACUAGUUCCCACUUUGGGAGGAGAGCCACUGGAGCGGAGGGGUCCUCCCAUGAGGGUCAGAGAAUGGCUUUGAGCAUCGAGGACCAAGUAGUCAUCGGCUACAGUCUCCACAUCCAGUACUCCUUACCCACCUCCCAGGGUGGGCCUCCCAGACGCUGACCAUAAGCUGCAGAACUGAGCCGGAGUGUGCGCUAGACUGGGGUCCAGAGGGCCUCCUGAGUUUUCUGUUUGCAAAGGAUGUGGCCCUGCCCGUCUGAGUUUCCCUGGUCCCUCUACUCAGCAUGGAAGCCUCACCUGGGCCUUUAUCCCAGGCCAAGGAAGGAAAGGGUGAAUGCCUGCCGUGCAGGGUCAUAGCUUCUUCCUGGAAAGUGAGACCUCGGGAGUCUGACACUGACACCCAGCCAGGACAGCUGCAGGUGCCUAAGCCUUCGCCUCCAAGGGAAGGAUCUUAUUGCUUCUAAAGGAAACUCUGAGCACUGGUGGUCUCGGUGGUUGGGUCUAGGAUUUAAAAUGCUUGUAGUUUGUCCCUUAAGAGAAGGGGGAUGGGGUCAGCAGAUGACAUGGUGAUUAAGGUGCUGGAUCCCACAUAGUCAGCUAUGCGGUUCAAGUCCUAGACCUGGUGACUUGGAAAUCAUACUGGGUGUGUGUGCGUGCGUGCCCAAACU